GCAGCCCGCAGCCGCGCUCCCCGCCGCGGUUCGCCCGGUCCGGAGCCCCGGGGCCCGUUAGUGCUCGGCGCCCGCUCGCGGGGCCGCCGCGCGACCCCCGCCCGCGCGAGCCCGCCCCUGCCCCCCGACACUUGACCCAGCGCAGUCCCAACGCCCAGUGCGGCCGCCCCGGGAGCCGCGGAGCGGCGGCGGCGGCGGGGGGAGGAGGGAGAGGAGGGCCGAGCCGGCGGCCGGGGAGGCCCGGUUUUGAAGCCGCUUCUCUGCCCGGGUCAGGUCUCGCCCAGUUCUGUUUCUUUAUGUACUUUGCGCGAAUAAGUUUUGGAGCAUCGGUUCACAGCCUGUGGGUGAAAUUUGGCUUUCAUUCAUGAAUGAGGAAUUAUUCUUGAUAGAAGUUUUUUAAAAGAAAAAUCUUUACAAUGGCCUCAGCAGUACUUAGUUCCGUUCCCACUACUGCUUCUCGUUUUGCCUUGUUGCAAGUGGAUAGUGGCAGUGGUUCCGAUUCUGAGCCUGGAAAAGGCAAAGGUCGGAAUACUGGAAAGUCUCAAACAAAUAAAUCAACUACAAAUGAGAAAAAGAGAGAGAAAAGAAGGAAAAAGAAGGAACAGCAACAGAGUGAAGCAAAUGAGCUCAGGAAUCUUGCUUUUAAGAAAAUUCCCCAGAAAUCUUCCCAUGCCAUUUGUAAUGCUCAACAUGAGCUUUCAUUACCAAACCCAGUACAGAAGGAUUCACGAGAAGAAAAUUGGCAAGAGUGGAGACAAAGAGAUGAGCAGCUGACAUCGGAAAUGUUUGAAGCAGAUCUUGAGAAGGCAUUGUUGCUAAGUAAAUUAGAAUAUGAAGAACAUAAAAAGGAAUAUGAAAAUGCUGAAAAUGCAUCAACUCAGUCAAAAGUUAUGAAUAAAAAAGACAAAAGAAAGACUCAUCAGGGAAAAGACAGACCUCUCACAAUAUCACUAAAAGAGUUUCAAUCUGAAGAUCACAUUAGUAAAAAGACAGAGGAAUUGAGUUCUUCUCAGACUUUAUCACAUGAUGGAGGAUUCUUCAAUAGACUGGAAGAUGAUGUUCAUAAAAUUCUUAUUCGAGAAAAAAGAAGAGAACAGCUUACAGAAUAUAAUGGAACAGAUAUUUGCACAGCUCAUGAACAGAACCAGGCAUUAGUUCUGAAAGAUGGAAGAAUUGAAAGACUAAAGUUGGAACUUGAGAGAAAAGAUGCUGAAAUCCAGAAGCUGAAAAAUGUGAUCACUCAGUGGGAGGCAAAGUAUAAAGAAGUAAAGGCAAGAAAUGCACAGUUAUUGAAAAUGCUUCAGGAAGGUGAAAUGAAAGAUAAAGCAGAAAUACUUCUGCAAGUUGAUGAAUCACAAAGUAUCAAGAAUGAGCUAACGAUACAGGUAACUUCACUUCAUGCUGCAUUAGAACAAGAAAGAUCUAAAGUGAAAGUAUUACAAGCAGAAUUAGCCAAAUAUCAGAAGGUUGGUGUAGAUGUGUUUGAACACCAAGAGGGAAGUUAUAAGCAGUAAAAGGAUGAAACAAAGAGAAGCUACCAACACUAUUAAGUGGGUCUGGGUUCCAUGUGCCCCUGAUCUAACCCUCACUCUAAGAAAUGUAUUUUUACAGACAAGUAGUUCCCAAACUUGGCUGAUGAUCAGAAUUUCAGAUUGUUCAACCCACUUCUAAUUAUCAUAAAUAAAUAGGCUGGGACAAAGUCUAAACAUCAGAAUUUUUAAAAUACUACUACUUAGGUGAUUCUAGUGAUUUGAGUGUCAUUGCCAUACCAUAGUUUAUAAAAAUGUAGAAAAAUUAUAAGAUUAUUAUAAAUACAUCAAACCAUUAUUUAUGGUUAAAAUGGAGGGUAGAAUAGUUGUGAUUAAAUUUUCUUUUUUGUAACUUUGUGCUUUUCAUAUUUUUAAAAUGAGUAUUUGCUUUUUGAAUCAGAAUAAGACAGAAAAUGAUGUGUUAAAAGUAAUUAAUGAAGAAUACUUCUUGUUAUUUAAGCUACCGUUCUCUUUUUUUGGCUUAAGUCAAAUACCAUUGAUGGCGUUUCAUUUGGAGCAAAUUAAAUAUAGAUUUAUAUAUGUCACUGAGCAAUAUGAAAAGUAUAAUCUUCUUUUCAACCCACUGAUGAACAAAAUUAGAUUUCUAAUGCUGUCUUGUAUGAACAAAACUAUACAGAACUUGAAUCAGAAAUUGAGUUACCCAAAAGGGUAAUGAAGUGAAUCAACAACUUUGCCGAUCAUAUGGAGUAAAUUGUUUAUUUUGAUCAAAAUUUUUAUUUAAAAAAAAAUCUGGGACAGUGCAGAUGAGCUAUAAAGAAUAAAGAUACUGGUGAUCAUAGUAAGUCCAGACUAGUUCAAAUAGGUAACUGUUUUCUACAACCUACUUUGAUCAUUUGUAAAAAUAACCAUGUAAAAAUAAUUUAGUGGUAUGUUCCUUCAAAUUUGCAACAAACUCAAAAAAGAAGUUGCUUCCUUUUCAUAGUCAGAAGUGCCUUUGAUCUCAUUUAUUCUUAAAAAGAGAAUGUCCCCAAAUGUUAUUUCUUAAAUAAUUUACCCUAUUUUUCUUUACAGGGUGGCAGAAAAGCGAAAAGAAACUCAGAAUCUGACCAGUAUAGGUGAUUCCAUUAGCCUUUGAGGUCAACACAAAAAUUAAAACUUUCAGGGUUUUGCAAAAGUGUAUAUAUUUAAUGCUGUGCAACUGCUAAACUAUGCAGUUUUUGUUGAAGAAACUUAAAAUGAUUAGCUCAUUAACGGUCUAUAAUUUUAUGUCUUUUUGGCUUAAAGUGAAAAAGAAAAAAAUAGAAUCCCAGCAGAACUCAAAGAUUGUUUACUGUUCAUACUUCUUAUCACUUUAGUUUUUCAUCAGUCAAUAAAAUUAAUUUACUCUUCCAUUAUGUUUGAUUUUUUAAAAUUUCAGAAACUGUGUGAAAAUAUUGUUUUGCUUAUAGCACAAUCAGUCGGAUUUAAGCUCAGUGAAUAUUUCCUCAGCACUU